GGGAGGGGCACCCAGCGCACCUCAACGCCUACUGUGAAAUUAGUGCGCUCCAGAACAAGGGUGACAAACAGUCAGACAGAUUGAAAGCACAGCAAUAACGGGAAAUACGUUAGCGUUUGUGCUGGCCGCCAUAACGAUUAAGACUAAAUAAACAAGAGUAAAGUCCCCGGGAGAAAUUAUUAUACAGCGGACAUCGAAUUCCAGUGGGCAGGUCAUUGGGGCUGGAAGAACCUAAAUAGUUGGGGUGAUGGAUUCUUCUUCUGACCCCCUGAGUCAGCAGGCAUCCCAGAUUUUCCAUUAUGGCUUAUAUAGCAGCCCCCCCAGUGCCGUCCCCUCUGCACCCCGCUACUCUGGUGGCAACCCCCCUUCCUACCCCAUCACGUCUCACCUCCUGCACUCUGGUGGCCCACAGCAACCAAACUUCUACAGGCACAACCAGUCAACCAGCGAAAGCUUGGAUCCCAUCCCUGACAGGGAGCAUGGAGCUGUGGAGGAGCUGGCCGGAAGGAGAGCAAUGGCCCCGGCAGCCUCUCCUGUGCCUCAGUACCCCUCCAGGGGAAAAAAGCGGCCCUCCUUUGAGAUGGGAGACUGGCCCCAGCAGCUAGUGAGUGGGAAGAGGGUAUGUCCUGAGAGCUUGCUGAGAAGAUCGACAGGGAGAGGAGAGGUCGAUGGGGAACGUGGGGGGAGGGGUGCUGAGGGGGUGCAGAGGAAGGUGGGGAGAGGAGAGACUCGGGGGAGGCAAGGUGGCACGGAGAUCCGGCAGCGCCAGAGGCAGGAGCUGAAGGUCCUUCUGCAGGAGACAAGAGGAAAGCUGCUGGAGCUGCAGGAGAAAGUGUGCAGGGCAUACGGGGAGCGGCGGAGCAGCAGAAGACGCGAGGAUGGAGAACUGACCCAAGACGAUGGGCUGGAGAUGUUCUCAGAGGAUGAGGAUACAAGUGACUUCGGAGGGAUGUCCCUCACAUGCCCUCUGCAUCCUUCAGGAGGCAACAGUGUGGAGAAGAGGACCGAUGGCAACCCGGGCAAUGGCAAAGCCUCCCAGCAGGGAGCUCCGGGGGAGGGCAGGGUGCUGCUGGAUUGCGGCCUGGUCAGGGGCGAGUGGGAGGCUGGGGGAGAUGGAGGGCCAAAAUUUGCACAGGCCCUGAAGCGGGAGUUGGGCAGCGCUGUGGCCAGGGUCAUCGACCGAGUCACCCACCUGUACACCCAAAGCUACCCAUCCUCCACAGAGGAUCCACCGCCAGCAGAAGGGGUGAGGUCUAAGAAGGAGGAGUUCCCUAAGGUAAACAAGGCCCCGCCCUCCCUGGGGCUACCUGAGCCAGGGCCCUUAGUGCCAAAUAGGGUACAAGAGAAGAUGGUGCAGAACCCAAAUGCCAGUCAAAAUCCACUAUUCUCUCAACUGAAUUCCAGUCUGCACCCCCUGCCACGGAGUCACAUCCCUGCCCAAUUACCCUCCGAAGCCAAGGACCCUUUCCUCAGCUCCUAUCCUCCUGCCCCUCCCCCCAUGCCCCUCCCCCUCCUGCACUAUACCAUGCAGCACCUGUUUGCCCGCUCCCUGUCCAACUUCCCGCUCCACAAAGACUGCCUGCCUACGGACUCCUUCCUGGAUUUCAGCUCUCACACCCCAUCCUUCCCUCCUAUGCCACUCCUGGGGCAGAUGGAUGCCUCACUCUCCACCCUCGACAGGGAAGGAGGUGGGAGAGGGCAAGCGGGUGGGAUGCUGAGUGGGUACAUGGAUGGGGGGGACUCCUCUAUCUACCUCCCUGGGGGGUCGUCCCAGGAAGGCCUGUCUCCCUGUCACCUGAAGAAGGCCAAGCUCAUGUUCUUCUACACACGCUACCCGAGCUCCAACACCCUCAAGACCUACUUCCCUGAUGUGAAGUGUCUCCCCACCUGUUGUAAUGGACACUGCAGUAACUCGCCCCCCAGCAGUGACAGCAGCAGCCUGUCUCCCCCCCAGGUGCCCGACAGGUUUGUGGAGGUGUCGGAGCUGGCCUUGAGGGAGUUCCUCAACGCAAUCCAGGCAGGGCGCGACACUGACCCCUGCUGGAAGAAAUCUAUAUACAAGAUCAUCUGCAAGCUGGACAGCCCCGUGCCGGACAGCUUCCGGCUACCUGGGUGCCCCCUGAGCGCCGCCGCUGCUGAGUGACCUGCUGCACACACAGCCAGACCUGAACACAGCACACUCCCAGAAUGCUUAGCGUGACGCAGUGUGUGACGUCACACUAAAGAAGCGCAGUACACACUUCAGCUCAGAAUAACUAAACUCAAAACACAAAUAUUAAAUAUAAGAAAAGGUAAACAAUCAUUAGAAUGGCAGCAUUUGGGGCCGUACAUAAGGUUCAGUAUACAGUACUGUGCCAAAUUCUAAGGGAGAGAAAGAAAAUGUUUAAAUGAUCUUCAUGCUGAUGUUAUGUCUGCCAAAGUGUGUCAGCUUAGCCAUUUCAUAACCUCUCCUAAAGUCACCCCAGCACUUGCAGCACCGUCCAUUACACACAUUUUUUUUUACCAUGACUUUGUUUGGCUACUCAGUCCCUCACAGAGUUAUUUAACAAAUAAAUUCAUGAAUUGAGCUGGUGGUGAUGGGUAUCAAUGACUGAGGUGCCCCAGAGGAGAGGUUUGGGAAACACGGCGGAGGUCUUAUAGCCAUCCAACAAGAUAUCAGCGACGUUUUGCAGAGAAAGUAGUAAUUCUUCAUUACUUUUUAUUGUGUUAAUGUUAAUUUGCAUAUGUUCUAAUAUAAUAGUUUUUUUCUUAGCAAAUAUUCACUUACUACCCAGAAAAACACUGUUAAAUAUUUUCUUUGACUGCUUAAGACUUUUGCACAGUACUAUAUUUAUCAAUCCUUUACCUAUGUCAUCUAUACCUAACUGUUUACCUGGUACAGGGUUAUGUUGAGAUUCACCCUAAAUAACUAAUUAAUAACUUGUGGCCUGUACACACACACACACACACACACACACACACACCUGAAAGCCUACAGAGUGUCUACAGAGAAUAGCAGUGAUGGUAGAGAGCAGCUCAGACUGUGAUGUAUAUACCUAAAGACCUAACAGGAGAGUGAAGAACACCACUGCAUGCACAUGGGAUGUGAAAGACACACAUGACGGUAUUUCAAUGGGCAACUGGGAGUGUAAAUGUAAAAGAAUGAGGACCUGGAUCCUCAUGGUCUCUCCUCCAAGGUCUGCUGCUGGACCUUUAUCUCACGCUGAAUUGCCUAAAUUACUUGUAAUAAUAAUUACUUAUAAUAAAUAACAACAACAAUAAACUUGGGUAAAAUGUAUUUUGCUCUGUAUUAGGGGAACAACCCCCUAUACCAACUGAAAUCUCUGGAAAGACAUACUCAGUGAUGAAUGUAUGUUUAUUGCAAAUUGUACUGUACAGAGAGUUUCCUAAGUGUAUUUUAUGGUUGACAUUCCUUGCUACUGCAUUUCCACAGCGACUUGUGCAUGGAUCAGAGUACCAUGGUUUAUGUAAUACACAGCAUCACAUUUAUGUCGUUCAUUUUUUUUAUGCUGUUGAUUUAUAAAUCACUACUCUUGGUACCUGAACUAUGUUUAGCAAAUAAAUACAAAUGGUCUCUGGGACUAGAAACAAAUGCCCAUACAUACAGUAAAUACAUGUAUCGUUUGUGUUUUUGUGUACACAUUUUGGUAGCCUGUGAUUUUGAUUCAAGUCAGUUUUCUCAGAUUUAAUUCACUUU